CACCUUCAGCCCUCUUCCUUCGCGCAGGGCGACGCCGCGCACCAUCAAUUCCAUGGCUCGUGGCACGCUUGCUAUUGACUCAGAGUCGGGCUUCCGUGUCCAUGCACGUACAAAAUGGCCUACAUCUUUGAUAUCUACUAACCCUCUGUCUACACUCACGACAACCAGGCGUCGUCCAUAUGAACAUUGGUCCUCUUGAUUGAGUGUGCACUACACCUCACCCAGCUGUAUAACCCGUAGGAACUACCGCAAUGAUCACCGAAUCCGCCAUGAACUGCGCCGGCCGAACCUCCUCCCACCACUUCCGCGACCUCCGCUCCGCCUCGCGCGCAAACAUCGCCAAAUUCAGCAAACGCGAAGCAUACAAGGACGCCCAGCGCUCCCGGCCCGCCAGGGCCCGCGCUCCCCGGCGCAAGAAAAACGCGCGAAAACGGGAUCCCCGCAUGCAAUGGAAGCGGCCCGCUGAGGACGAGAUCUCGAGUGAAGAACGGCGCAUCGAGAUACGCGAUACGCAAUACCAGGCCAAGUGUGAUAUCUGGAUGACGCCGAUGCAGCGAUACCAAAACUACGGCGAGAACGCCGCGUCCAUCGAGUCCAGGGCCGCCUGGACCGAGUACGACGAGCCGUUCACGACGUGGUGUCAGCGGCGCAUCAGCAAGAUGCGGGCCGUCAAGGAGGCGAGGUUGCGGGCUCGCACAUCCGCGGACACCGAUCCGGAUGAAGGCUACUACAGCGACGACACAUCGGCCUCCACUACCCGCGCUACCACGCCCGACGACGCGCACGCCGAAGCCCUCGUAAAGUCGAUCCUCACCCCGCGCCAGAAAUGGCGCGAAUAUCCCCGGAUCACCGGCUUCUACUGGUUCGGCGAGCAUGACUGGUACGGGCAUCGCAAUACGUCGGGCUGCUGGUAUGUGGAGGAAUAUGCGUGCGGGAUCCCGGGCGAGACGCCGUGGUGGAGAGCGUGUUAUUGCGAUGAGUUUGAGGGGUGCGAGGGGUGGGAUCCGGAGGAGGGGGUGCAGAGGUAUGGCUUAGCGGCGUGGGUCAGGGACAUGGACAUCACAGAGGACAAUGGCAUUGCUAAGCGUGACGGAGAGGAUGCGGGCGACAUGGAGGAAGAUGGCAGUGAUAAAGAGGAUGGGGAGGGUGGACGCGAGUCUGGGGAGGACGAUUGGGAUAUCAUAUCUACCACUGCCGCGUCGGAGGCGUGGACGAAGGUCGCUGAGGCUUCUGAUUUGCAUCUAACAGCGUGACACUCGCCCGCCCGCCAGAAUUAAGCCUCGCGCUUUUUGCCAAAUUGGUUUUCCAUCAAAUACUCCGUGACGAUCGGCGGAGCCCAGGAGUGUGCUUUCCGCUUCGAUGGGCGUCAGCGUCUGCAUAGCUCGAGAAGCCCAAACAGUCUCCGUGCGCGACAAGUCGGGCUAAACACCCGAGAUCGGGCAUACCGCAGGCUCGACAAGCCGAGAGCACGACCAUGGCUGCAUAGUGGCGCUGUACCAAGGGGCUCGCGCCCAGGGGUCUGAUGUUGGGACGGGCAGUUGAGCGGUCCGUACCAACCAACCUAAACGUGGUAGAAUCUGCUAGGAACCCUGAAACGUCGCGCAGAAAAUUGUUCAGCGAAGAUAUGUAUUGUAUUGUAUUGCA